AUGCCAAUCAAUAACGUAAGGAGACAAGAUCUCUGCGUAAAACAUGUAACCAUCAUACCUCCUUCUGAUUUAUACCGUACAAACCAAAAUAUUACUGGUAUGCUCACUCAAUCAAUGCCUAUGGCAGCAUUGUUUUUAAGAAAUAAAUUCAUCGGUUGGUUAGCAUUGGUGCAAAGUAUUCAUUACUAUUUGAACACUGAUUUGCAAUUACUACCAGCUUCUGCAGAAUCAAAUCCUCUAGAUCAAUUUCCAAUAAUGAAAGUACUAAUAAGUUUCUUCUCAUUAUUAGUAUGCUACUUAGGUCUAGUUUUCCCUCAACAAAUGGUUCCGCCAAAAAAAUCUACUGAUGAUAAAUAA